AUGUCGCGGUCGCCCAUCACUUGCCAUGUUUUAGAUGCUUCUGUUGGCAAACCCGCUGCAGGUGUUGGAGUUGCCUUGGAUCUCAUCAGCCUAUCGGAGCAAGCGCAAGACGGAACUUCCCACAGUCUUCCCAGAACCUUAGCUUCGGGCGCAACAAACACAGAUGGACGUUGCUCCGAUCUCCUCGGAGCUGAAACUCGGCUAUCUGCUGGAGUAUACAAAAUGACAUUCUACAGCGGCGAAUACUUUGGAUCAAUUGGAGUAGAAACAUUCUACCCUUUAGUGGAGAUAACAUUUCAAUACUCCAACCCGGACCAGCAUUAUCAUAUUCCGCUGCUCAUCAGUCCAUUCUCCUAUACUACUUAUCGAGGUAGCUAG